AUGGAGGUUCGUAUCACGAAACCAGCUAUUUUGGAUUUUAGCCAAGACCUCGACAUUGGCCUCUUGGACAAUGUUGUGACGGCCAUGUUUUCGGGAACUGGUGCGGAUCAGCGUAUGGCACAACAGGUGCUGGCGCAGUUCCAGGAGCAUCCUGAUGCAUGGCAACGCGUGCCUGCCAUUCUUCAACAAAGCAGCAGCUCGCAGACGAAGUACAUUUCCCUGCAGAUCCUCGAUAAGCUCAUCUCUACACGAUGGAAAGUGUUGCCGGUGGACCAACAACAGGGCAUUCGUAAUUUCAUCGUAGAGAUGAUUGUGUCGAUGUCAUCGGAGGAAGAGGCUUUGCGGCGUGAGCGCACACUUCUGGGAAAGCUUGAUACGACGCUUAUCCAGAUUCUUAAACAGGAGUGGCCACACAACUGGCCGAACUUUAUCCCUGAGAUCGUGUCGUCCUCACGCAGUUCUCUCUCUAUCUGCGAGAACAACAUGGCCAUCUUGCGCCUGUUGUCCGAGGAAGUGUUUGACUUCUCAGCGGAGCAAAUGACGCAGGCUAAAGCCCGCAACCUUAAGAACCAGUUCUGCGGUGAGUUUAGUGAGGUGUUCCAGCUGUGCACGGAAGUACUCGAAAAGGCGACGAAGCCCUCGUUAGUCAAGGCUACGUUAGAAACCAUGCUUCGCUUCCUCAACUGGAUUCCCCUAGGCUUCAUCUUUGAGACCAACGUGAUUGACAACCUAAUCAAUCGUUUCCUGGAGGUCCCUGACUUCCGCAACGUGACUCUCAAGUGUCUUUCGGAAAUUGUGAACUUGAACGUGGGCAGCGAAUACGACGCCAAGUUUGUCAUCUUGUUCAAUAUGGUCAUGACGUCGAUCAACCGUAUGAUCCCGCCGUCGACAGACAUCGCUGGUGUGUACGAAACGUCGACCGACGAAGAUCAGCAGCUCGUGCUGAACCUGGCGCUGUUCCUCAGCAACUUUUUAAUUUCACACGUUCGCCUCUUGGAGAAUGCGGAGAACCAAGAGGUGCUGCUCAAUGCGCAUCUGUACCUGAUCAAAGUAUCACAAGUACCUGAGCGCGAAGUGUUCAAGAUUUGCUUGGAGUACUGGGCGAAGUUGGUCAGCGAGCUGUAUGAAGAGUACCAGCAAUUCCCGAUGAACGACAUCAACUCUGUGUGGGGUCUUAACCUGGGAGGUGCACAGGCUGCGCAGCGUCAGGCUACAGGACGAAAGGCGUUCUAUGUGAACAUCUUGUCGAACCUUCGACUGGUUAUGAUCGAGCGAAUGGUCAAGCCAGAAGAGGUACUUAUUGUGGAGAACGAUGAAGGUGAAAUCGUUCGUGAGUUCCUGAAGGAGUCGGAUACGAUUGUGCUGUACAAGGCCAUGCGUGAAGUGCUCGUGUACCUCACACACUUGGACGUUCUCGACACCGAGAACAUCAUGACGGAGAAGCUUGCGAAGCAGGUGGACGGAUCGGAAUGGUCGUGGGCCAACUUGAACACUCUUUGCUGGGCUAUUGGCUCGAUCUCAGGUGCUAUGAAUGAGGAGACAGAAAAGCGUUUCUUGGUUACUGUCAUUAAGGAUCUUCUGGGUCUGUGUGAGAUGAAGCGAGGUAAGGAUAACAAAGCUGUUGUGGCUUCCAACAUUAUGUACAUUGUUGGCCAAUAUCCUCGCUUCCUGAAGGCGCAUUGGAAGUUCUUGAAGACAGUGGUUAACAAAAACUUUGAGUUCAUGCAUGAGACCCAUGAAGGUGUGCAAGACAUGGCCUGUGACACAUUCUCGAAGAUUGCACAAAAGUGCCGUCGCCACUUUGUCAUGCAACAGGCUGGUGAGCAGGAGCCUUUUAUUGACGAGAUUCUGCGCAACCUGCUGCAGAUUACUGUGGAUCUCUCCCCUCAGCAAGUGCACACCUUUUACGAAGCUGUGGGCUACAUGAUUGCUGCGCAGCCCAAUCGUGCAAUGCAGGAGCGCCUGGUUGAGAAACUUAUGGAGCUUCCCAACAAUGCAUGGGACAAUCUCAUGAAGCAGGCGCACAAUAACGUGGAUGUGCUAAGCAACUCUGAUAACAUCAAGGUACUCAACAACGUUCUGAAGACAAACGUAUCGGCGUGUACCUCGAUUGGUCCUUUCUUCCUGCCCCAAAUUGGUCGUAUAUACCUCGACAUGCUGGCUCUCUAUCGAAGCGUGAGUGGCAUUGUUAGCGCCAAGGUAGAGGCGGAAGGCCUGAUUGCGACCAAGACGCCUAUGGUGCGUGGUCUUCGCGCCAUCAAGAAGGAUAUUUUGCGCCUGGUUGACACGUACAUUCGUCGUGCCGAUGAUCUGGAAUCGGUGAAUACCAACUUGAUUCCAUCAUUGCUGGAUGCGAUUUUAGGCGACUACCACAACAAUAUUCCUGCGGCACGAGAUGCGGAAGUGCUCAACGUGAUGGCCACCAUUACGACGCGCUUGGCAGGUUUGCUUACGGACAAGAUUCCACCGGUCCUGGAUGCUGUAUUCGAGCCUACACUCAAUAUGAUCAACCAGGACUUUGCCGAGUUCCCUGAGCACCGUGUUGGCUUCUUUAAGCUGCUGCGCGCCAUCAACCUGCACUGCUUCUCGGCCUUGCUGGAACUUCCUCCGCCCAAGUUCAAGCUGACCAUGGACUCGAUCAUUUGGGCUAUCAAGCAUACAAUGCGUGAUAUUGCCGACACGGGCCUAAACAUUUGUCUGGAGCUACUGAACAACAUUGCCAACACGGAUCCGUCGAUCUCGGGCGCCUUUUUCCAGCAGUAUCUACUGAACAUGCUGCAGGACAUCUUUUAUGUACUCACGGACUCGGACCACAAGAGUGGCUUCAAGACGCAGUGUCUGUUGUUGGCACGCAUCUUUGAGCUGAUCGAGACCGACAAGGUCUCCGUGCCGCUGUGGGACCCUGCUCAGGUUCAGGAUCCGAAUAUGAACAACCGUCUGUUCAUCCGCCAAUACACUGCAAACUUGCUGCGCACCGCCUUCCCGCAUGUUCAGCCGCAGUACAUCGAUCAGUUCGUGAGCGGCUUGUGCUCGAUGUCGUCCGACUUAGUGCAGUACAAGGUACACUUGCGUGACUUCCUUAUUACGUCGCGUGAGGUGGCUGGUGGUUCGGACAACGCGGACUUGUUCUUGGAAGACAAGGAAGCGGAGCAACAACGCAAGGCUGCGCAGGAACGUGAAAAUGCAGCCAAGAUUCCUGGUAUGCUUAAACCCUCGCAGAUCACGGAAGAGGAUGAAGAACUGUGA